AUUGCCAUGGCAACCACAAUACUAAACAUGGCUGCCAAAAGACAUCAACCUGUUCAAGCUGGUGGGUUGUUCACUAGCCACAAAGUGACAGUUAGUAAAGAGACACAAGACCUACUGAAAGUUAUGAUGAAUGAGGCACGGUUGACAAACUUUCAACAAAGAACACUAAACACAAAAAUAAAAAGAGGAGAGCCACUGCCAUUACACUGUUCUCCUACUACUUCAAAACCAUUGGCAGACAGCAAAACUGCUCGCUCUACUAAAAAGAAAUCAAAGUCUACUGACGUUAAUGGUAGAGGCCUUAGAUCAAUGGAAACUAUCGAAAAGAUGCAAAAAAUUGUAGAUAAAAAUUAUUUACCACCUCAGUGCCAUCAGCAUAGAGGUUACAAUUCCAGCAUAGAGAAGGAAAAACUGCAGACAGUGAUGGCAAAUGAAGAAUUAACAGUAGCAAAUCCAUCUUCGCCAAUUCGAGUGAGAAGAGAUGAUGAAGAAAUGGAGAGAACUAGUGAUGAAAUAUUGCAAGAAAUUGAAGAAAGGCAAGUAUUUCUAGAAGAAAUGGAGAGACUUGGACGAGGAAAAGAGUUCAAAAACAAAAUUAUAACUGAAAUAUCUCAAAAAUUAAGAGAAUUAGAAUUAUUAAAGAAGACUUAGUAAUUCAUAGUAACAAGAGUAUUACUUAGUUAUGACAAUUCAAUAACAAAG